AGGAAAAACCCCUAAAAGAACCAAACUUCUAAAACCCUCUCAUUCCGUUUUAUGGUGCGAGGCUAAAACCCUUGGUUCCCGUCGUCAUUUUCCCCCAAUCUUGUUCUUCAAAUCGCCAAAAAUGGCAUCAGUAGCUCUGCGAAACCCUAAUUCCAGACGACUUAUUCCUUCUUCCUCUCACCAAAUCCACUUCUACUCCAACGCUUGCCGUGCUCUUCUCUCUCCUAGCUCAUCCACUUCCUCCAUUGCCGAACAGCUUUCUAGAAAUGAGCCCGUUUCUCUGUCCUCUUGGUGCCGAUCUAUGGCUACCUUCACUCGAACAAAGCCUCAUGUCAACGUAGGAACUAUUGGACAUGUUGAUCAUGGGAAGACAACAUUGACUGCCGCAAUCACAAAGGUUUUGGCAGAAGAAGGGAAAGCCAAGGCUAUUGCAUUUGAUGAAAUUGACAAAGCCCCUGAAGAGAGGAAGAGAGGGAUCACUAUUGCAACGGCACAUGUGGAGUAUGAGACUACAAAGAGACACUAUGCUCACGUUGAUUGUCCCGGACACGCUGAUUAUGUCAAGAAUAUGAUUACUGGAGCUGCUCAAAUGGAUGGUGGUAUUCUUGUUGUGUCUGCUCCUGACGGGCCCAUGCCGCAGACCAAGGAGCAUAUUCUACUUGCACGCCAGGUUGGUGUGCCAUCAUUGGUUUGUUUUUUGAACAAAGUGGAUGCUGUUGAUGAUCCGGAGCUGCUUGAGUUGGUAGAAAUGGAACUCCGUGAACUUCUCAGCUUCUACAAAUUUCCUGGGGAUGACAUCCCUAUUGUUAGGGGCUCAGCCUUGUCUGCCUUACAAGGGACAAAUGACGAAAUCGGGAGGCAAGCUAUCUUGAAGCUUAUGGAUGCUGUCGAUGAAUACAUUCCUGACCCCGUCCGUGUUCUUGACAAACCUUUCUUGAUGCCGGUUGAAGAUGUUUUUUCGAUUCAGGGACGUGGAACUGUUGUGACUGGUCGUGUUGAACAAGGCAUGAUCAAAGUCGGAGAGGACGUAGAAAUUUUGGGUUUAAUGCCGGGUGGUCCUGUGAAAACUACAGUGACUGGUGUGGAAAUGUUUAAGAAACUGUUGGAUCAUGGUCAGGCUGGCGACAACGUGGGUCUCCUUCUGCGUGGUCUAAAGAGGGAAGAUGUACAGCGAGGGCAGGUGGUUGCUAAACCAGGAAGCUGUAAAACAUUCAAAAAGUUUGAGGGGGAAAUAUAUGUUCUCACCAAGGAUGAAGGUGGUCGUCAUACACACUUCGUCACCAACUAUAAGCCUCAGUUUUAUUUGAGAACAGCAGAUGUUACUGGAAGCAUUAUUCUGCCAGAAAGUUUAAAGAUGGUAUUGCCUGGUGACAAUGUGUCUGCUACUUUUGAAUUGAUAGCACCUGUCCCUCUUGAACCAGGGCAAAGAUUUGCUUUCAGGGAGGGAGGUCGAACAGUUGGUGCUGGUGUGGUGACAAAAGUUAUUAGCUAGAUGUGGCAUGGUUGACAUAAAGAAAGUUCAAGUUGGAUAUUACGCCAGGGAUACUGUUGUUUUUGAAGACGAGUCUUGAUCCUUGUACUUUUAUAUUGACAUGCAAAGUAAUAGGAAUCAUUUAAAAUGAGAUAGAAUUGAUUUCUUUAUCAAGCAAAUGUUCACCUUGUAGUUCACAAGAAACACUCAUAAUUCAACCUUUUUUGAUGGUUGAGUAAAUAAUUUUCUUGGUGUUGCACAAUUUUUACCAUUGGCUUGGUCAAUAGUUUUUUCUUUUUGUAUGUUAAACAUAGAAAUAAACUUGACUUGGUUUCCA